AUGGCGUCGCCUUCACGCUCAGGCGGCACAAUGCACGUCGCCGUCACAUCGCCGUUCAAGUUCCUCAUGGGAUCAACACACAGCGCCCCCGACAUGUCGGUUAAUGCCCUAGUCGACCGCUUCACCACCCUCGAAGUCAAGGACCGCGAUGAAGAAGGCGCGAAACGCACAAUACGAAGGCUGGAAGCUGCACUGAGGAGGGCAGAGAUGGCACGCGAGGAAGCAGAGACAGAAGCUACAAGCUUGCGCGACGAUCUCGGAGAGCAAAGACAUCUGGCAGAAGAGCGUUUGCGCGAAAAGACAGACUUGCGCCAGAGAUUGGACGAGUACGAGAAAAAGUACGAAAAGGCCAAAGAGCGCUUCAAGCAGCAAAAACAAAAACACGAAGACCAACUGCGCAAGAUGCAAAAGGAAUACAUGGAGCGCGAAAAGCUACACUGGAGACAGCAGCAACUGCUGCAAGAAGAGGUUGACUGGGAGAAGAAGCUGCGCGCCGACUCAAACGACCUGAUCGCCUUUUUGGAAAUCGACCACAUUGUUGCUGUGCAGGCUAUCAAGGACAAGCAGCUCCAACUGCUCGCAAACCAACAGCAUACCGCGUUCCCGGUCCAGCUUGCGCACGAAGAGUCAAUCGACGAUUUUGAGAUUGAGAUCGACUCGCCAAAGAAACAUGAGGAUGAGCCUAUGCCUGAAGCAGACGACAAGUCCACUCAAAACGACUACGCCAUCGAAGACACACCCGAGCCAGAGGCAGAGCAAACCCGCACUCGCACAACCCACACACCACUCCGCAGCAGCAACUCAACCACACCACCUGCCGCCCACGACUCGCCCCAAAACACCUUUGCUCCUCACCCACCACCAACAACAACCUCCAAGCCCCCACUCCUAAUCCCCAUAAACUUCAACGACGGUACCGACGACACCUCUUCCUCGGACAAAGAAAACUCCCUGCCUUCUCUCUUGCACCCACCACGCACACCUUUGCCUUCUACACGCACCGUCAGCGCACCACCCCACCACCUCAAGACCCCCAUGACAAUCUCUUGCUCGACACCUGCAUCACGGCCAUUCAUUCCGGAGGGGUUGAAUACGCCUAUUGAUAGGGAAGCUGCUCUUGCUGCGAUUGCAGAGAGGAGAGGUAGAGCGAGAAGUAAUGGGGCAAUGGGCAUGGCUACGCCGAGACGAGGAUUGGGAAGAGAUGCUUCCGCGCCGCCUGGAGCGGGAGGUGUGGGCAGUAGAUCUAAGAGUCGCGGGCCUUGA